AUGUCAUCAAUAAAAGCAGAUACUCAAAAAGAUCAAGAUUUAACAGUACAGGAUGAUGAAUCCUUAGCUAUAAAAGAUGAAGCAUUUAGUCCUAUUCUUAAUAAUAGCACUUUUGGCGAUGUAGAUUCAGAUAAUGCCAAAAUGGAGCCUAUGUCUGAAAAUGAAAAGAAAAUUCCGAUGUCAGAACAUGUUUUACUAACAUCUUUAGAUUCAGCAAUUCCAAAUUCGAGUACAAAAUUAAAAACCAAAGAAAAUGAAUCGAAAAUACCAAUAGCAGAGGAAAGUAUUGAAUUCAAGAACUCACAAACAAUACUCCCUCCAGUUAUAUUAACAAAUUCACCCGAACCUACCGAUAAUGAAAUAAUCAAAGAAACAAACGAAAAUAAAGAUGAUGCAUCUCCAGAAAAAGAUGAAAUGUUACAAAUUGAUCUUAAAUCCGAGCUUGCUGAAAUGAAUGACAAGAAAAACAAAUCAGAAGAUUCAGAAGACAAGAAUUCAAAGAAAAAUCCAUUACUUGUUGCAGCAUUAGAACCGAAGAAGCCAAAGAUACCAUCAUUUUGCGAAAAUAUACAUGAAUACACCCAUAAAACUGCAGAUCUUGAUGCAGCACUCAAAAAUACAAUUAAAAAGAAAACAGCACCAGAUAUAUCAAUAUGUCAAGAUCUCCUGUUUUAUGCUCGUGAAGAAAAUACAAAAGCAAUUGAUGCUGAAGAAUACGAUUACGCUUCUCAAAUAGAUGAAGCUAUUAAACUCAUUGUUAAAACACUUAAUGAAGAUCGUGCUCAAUAUGAUAAUUCUCAUGAAAAACAACAAAUUAAAUAUCGUUUGGAACAAGUACAGAGCAGAGAGUCACAGAUUACAGAAGAAUAUCAUCAGAAGCUAGACAAUCAUAAACAAGAAGUCGAAAGAAGACAAAAGGCUCUUGAAUUAGAACAUCAGCGUCAAAUCGAAGAUUUUCAAGCUCUAUGGGGUAGCCCAGAUACAAUGCAACAAUUCUCUAAGCCAAGUUCACAUCUUUUACAGUUAAAGAGGCAGCAACGUCAACUUGCUCUUGCUCAUGAUUUUGAUCAAGCAAAACAUCUUAAAUCUAUAGCCGAUGAGCUCGAAAAGCAAGAAACAGAAGCCGCUAGAGCACGAGCAGUUGAAGCAAUGAAAGUUGCUUACAGUAAUUUGCUUGAAAAACAAGAAAGGGAGAAAGAGUGCUUGAUAAAGAACGGAGAAAGAAAGGAACAACUCCUUGAAUCAGAGUAUCAAAAGGAGCUAUCGUCGAACGAGAAAACAAAGAAAUCUCUUCAAACUAGAUAUGCAAGUUCUCCUAAGAAUCCUAAGGUCACGAUUCCAUUCGUAGAGCAUAGAGGACACUCAACGCGUCGUCCUAUGAGUUCAGCAUCAAAAGUACAGGAAGGACCUCGUCUUGAUGUUAAGAUCGAUUUUAAAUCGAUUACAAAGAUGAAGACUCCAAGACCCCUUCCUAAAUAA